UCUUCUUCUUCUCCUUUGCAGUGCUUUGCUUUCUUGUCAGAAAUGACUUCUGCAGAGUUUGAUGAUUUGGAGAACGGAAGCUGCGGCAAAGGGCCUUGCGGCCGUAUGCUGCGGUGGCUGAAGGCGGUGUCGGCGAAGUCGUGGGGUAAGGUAGUGGAGGUAGCGAGGGAGGGGAAGAAGCUCGCAGAGGAUGAUCCGAGAAGGAUUGUGCAUUCGUUCAAAGUAGGGUUGGCUAUUACGUUGGUUUGUCUGUUUUAUUACUAUCGACCGCUUUAUGAUGGCUUUGGUGUCGAUGCAAUGUGGGCGGUCUUGACCGUGGCCCUUGUGUUUGAGUACUCGGUUGGAGGAACCCUAGAAAGGGGUAUAAAUAGGAUGAUGGCAACGUUACUAGCUGGUGCUCUAGCUGUUGGAGUUCAUCACAUAUCAACUCUUUGGGGAGGAAAAGUCGGGGAGCCCAUAUUGAUGGCAUUUUCCGUCUUUGUUGUGGCUGCAAUUAUGACCUUCCUGAGAUUCUUCCCCGUGUUAAAGGCAAGGCAUGACUAUGGGCUGAUGAUAUUCAUACUGACCUUCUGCUUGGUUUCGGUAUCCGGCUACAAAGACGAACAGGUACUAGACAUGGCACACAGGAGGCUCUCAACGGUUGCUAUAGGAGGCUGCACUACUAUUAUAGUUUGUAUCUGCAUUUGCCCUGUGUGGAUUGGAGUUGAUCUCCACAAUUUAAUUGCUGGUAACAUGGAAAAGCUUGGGGAUUUUAUGGAAGGAUUUGGAUUUGAAUACUUUGGCAUAACAGAGAAUGGGUUGUCAUUAAGUGAUACUAAAUCUUCGCUUCAGCGAUAUAAAAGUGUUCUUACAUCAAAAGGCCUUGAAUACGAUCUUGCUAACUUGGCACGAUGGGAACCAGGUCAUGGCGGGUUCAAGUUCUGUCACCCAUGGGAGAAGUACUUGAAUGUUGGAACCCAAAGUCGGCAGUGUGCCUAUAAAAUUGAAGCUCUUAACACUUACCUGAACACUGAAAUUCAAGCGCCCGCUGAAAUUCGAAGCAAAAUUCAAGAACCAUGCACAAAUAUUUGCAAUGAAUGCGGAAAAGCUUUGAAGGAAUUAGCUGCAGCACUCAAGAAAAUGACUCUGUCAUCAUCAGCUGAUCAACACAUUGCAUACUCAUUAGCAGCAGCUGAGAGCCUCGACUCGUUACUCAAAAGUGGCAUAUGGGAAGAUGCUAAUGUGCUAGAAACAAUACCAUCCGCUGCGGUGGCGUUGCUUCUUAUUGAUGUUGUAGCUUGUGUAGAGAAGAUUUCGGAAGCAGUUCAUGAACUAGCAUCCGCUGCAGACUUCAAGACUGAACAACCACAACUACUUCAGGAGCCAGUGCUUUCUGAAGAAUCACAUGUUGCUAUGACAAUUGAUCAUAAUUCAACUGAGGGGCUACCAGAAAAUGGAAGUUCAAAUGGCAUCACUACUAAUUAUAAAAUUUAUAAUGUUUAAAAUAUUGAAGUUUAAAUAUUAGGUGCACAAGGUACUCUAGUUAGUACAUAGGUCUUGCGUUCUAGGUCAAGGGACUUCC